AUGGUAUGUGAAUGUGAUGUAUGGAUCGUACAACCUUUUUAUACUUCAGUUCACUUGGCUCAUCUUUGCUUCAAACUUAUGCCUCCCUUUGAUUCAUUUUUAUUCAUCAACACCGUGACCUUUAUGUUGCAGAGCUUCCACAAGGAGAAAUCUCUCCCAUUUUCUCAUAACACCACAUAUGACCCACCGCUACCACCAGCCGCAGUUAGAAUGCAUCGAAGGAUCUCCUCAAUGACCUUUCAGAUCCAACCACCAAUAAUGUUAGACACAACCGCAUGGGUCAUGGGCGUUAGGCAUCUCCAAAUCAGUAUCUUCAAUGGGGAAUCGGCAUCCACAUCCAUCAGGAACUGGUAG